AGUCGCGGUAUUGAGCGCCGUACGUCAGUGUUCAUUGUCAAACAGUUGUCAGUUGUCAGCGGCGGCGGGUUGACGUGUGUGUAUAGAGUGAAUAGUGCGCGGAGUUUAAACGAUGGCUCUACUACGUCGGCUGGCUGUAAACGCGCCCCGAGGCGUGCGAGUGCUGUCCACACCGCCACCCUCCCGCGACGAACUCGACCUGUCCUUCAACAGUCCGAAAGACGCAUUCAAAAGCAAGAAAACUAGCGAACUAGUCCGGGCGUAUCUCGUCUAUCAAAUAUGCUCGAUCAACUGGAUAGUCGAGAACAACGACAUGCUGAUGAAGAGUCUGCGGCAGAUGGUGGGCCAGCGACUGUUCGAAGCUAUUAUGAAGGCUACCUUCUACGGGCAGUUCGUAGCCGGUGAAGACCAAAAUAAAAUUCGGCCUACUCUUGAGAGGCUGCGGUCUUUCGGAGUGAAGUCUAUCCUCGAUUACUCCGUAGAGGAAGAUCUUUCUCAAGAGGAAGCUGAGAAGCGUGAAGUCAGCGCGUCGAUCUCGGCGUGUGGUGAUGCACAGGAAGAGGGGCAACUCAAGCAAUACCAUGUGGAGCAGCGUUUCGCUGAUCGUCGAUACAAGGUUACCAGCGCAAGGACUUACUUCUACCUGAAUGAGGCCGCCUGCGAGAAGAACAUGGAAGCUUUUAUGAGGAGCAUUGACGCCGUCGCUGAUUCGAUACGCGCUUAUUUUGUAAUCGUAUUAUUAUUUUCAGGAAUAACUAAAAGUACAGGCUUGAUGGCUAUCAAAUUGACUGCUCUUGGGAGACCUCAGUUACUGCUCCAACUAUCCGAAGUGAUCAUGCGUGCUCGUAGUUACAUGCACCAAAUCGCCGGCGGCACUGGCAACGUUUUGACACAUCACAAAACUAUCGAGGACCUCCAGAGGUACCUCGGCGACCUUAGCAGCAAACCGGAAGUACAGGAGUUCAUGAAGAAAAUCACUUCCGACAAAGAGGGUAUUGUCCACUUGUUUCCAUGGUCAAACAUUUUGGACAAGGACAUGGGUCUUUCGGACUCGUUCAGAGUCCCGGACCCGAAGACCGGUCAGAUGAGGCGGCUCAUCUCGCAGAUAUCGCCGAAGGAGGAAGAAAUGUUCAGGAAUAUGUUGAGAAGACUGAACAAUAUCAUCAAAGUGGCGAAUGAGUCGGACGUUAGGAUAAUGAUCGACGCCGAACAGACUUACUUCCAACCAGCUAUAUCGAGGAUCUGUUUGGAAAUGAUGAGGAGAUAUAACAAAAACAAGUUCCUAGUUUUUAAUACGUAUCAAACAUACCUGAAGAAUACUUACAACGAAAUCGUGACGGACCUUGAGCAAGCGCAACGACAGAACUUCUACUGGGGAGCGAAGUUGGUCCGUGGAGCUUAUAUAGAACAGGAACGAGCGCGAGCCGCAGCGAUGGGCUACGAAGACCCAACUUGUGAAAACGUCGAUGCUACUACGGCGUCUUUCCACAAGUGCUUAAAGGAAAUCCUCAGCAGAGUCAAGCUCAUAUACAAAAAUUCUCAGAACGAGCAGAAGGAUCGCUUGGGUAUAAUGGUGGCGUCCCACAACGAAGACACCGUCCGCUACGCCAUCCAACUGAUGAAGGAGCACGACAUCAAGCCCGGGGACAAGGUCGUCUGCUUCGGACAGCUGCUCGGCAUGUGCGACCACAUCACCUUCCCUCUCGGUCAAGCAGGCUACUCGGCGUACAAAUACGUCCCGUACGGUCCCGUUGUCGAAGUCCUCCCGUACUUAUCGCGACGCGCAAACGAAAAUCGCGGCUUCCUCGCCAAGAUCAAGAAGGAAAAAGGCCUCCUACUGAAGGAAAUCGCUCGGCGCAUUUUCACCGGUCAAAUAUUCUACAAGCCGGUCGGUAACUACACGCCCGUAUAAAAGUAAACAUCGUUUCGUAGUUUUAGAGUCAGUUUUGAACCGUCGCGGUUCAAAUGU